AAGAAGAUAAUAGAAUUCCUAAAAUUUUUAGUUAAUUUGACUGCUUUAGAUGAGACCUAUAUUUGGUGUGGAUCAAAUUCUCUUCAUUUGCUAGUUUAAAUGAAAGUGGAUUUGAGGGAAUAAAAUUUUGAGAAUAUCAGGAUAAGAAAUACCUCUUUAGUUGGUGGGAAUUUUGUAAGAUGAAUAUUCAAUGGAUCAGAAUUUGAUGGAAUGAACUUGAAUUAAGCUAAAAUGUUUAAUUGUAAUUGGAAGAAUAUCAAGAUACAUGAGUUAAAUAAAUUAGAUGGUCAUUGUGGAAUAGUCAAUUAGGUAUGCUUUUCUCCAGAUGGUAAAUUAUUAGCGUCUUGUAGUGAUGAUAAUUCGAUUAUAUUGUGGGAUGUUAAAACAGGAAAAAUAAAGUCUAGAAUCAAGGUAAAGGAAAAAGGAAAAUCAGUAUGCUUCUUACAUAAUACUUUAACAGUAUUAUCUUCUAAUAAAAUGAGUAGGAUGAUUCUUUUUCAAAUAUUGUUGAUGACAUAUGUAAAUGUUUAACUCACACCUGAAAGUAGAAUAAAUUUGUAAGGGUUGGCUAUUGGUAACGAAUGCACUGAUCCAACUGUAUGUACACAUGCAGCUAGGCAAUUCUAAGUUCAUUUUUUUCACUAAAUUGGAGGUAUAAUUUUAUAAGUGAAGAAUUAUAUGAAAAGGUAAGAAGUGUGAA